GUGACGCCAUCACCGCGCGCCGGCGCCUCCCACCGCCGCGGCCGCCGCCAUGGAAUCCAACCGGGACGAGGCGGAGCGUUGUAUCGCCAUCGCGGUGGCCGCCAUCAAAGCCAACCAGUCGGAAAAGGCGCGGCGUUUCUUGGAGAAGGCGCAGCGCCUCUACCCGUCGCAGCGAGUCCGCGUGCUGCUUGAAUCUCUCACCAAGAGUGAACAGUCGUCAAAUGGCCAUUCUCAGCCCAAGGAACCCACAAACCCAACCCGUAGGAAAAUGAGUGGCGACUUCCCUUCAGCCAACGGAGAGGCAGGUGGGGACAUCAGUAAAGGCUACAGUCAGGAUCAGGUAGAUGCAGUGAAACGGGUGAAACAGUGUAAAGACUACUAUGAAAUUUUGGGUGUGAGUAGAGACGCCUCCGACGAGGACCUAAAGAAAGCAUACCGGAAAUUAGCACUGAAAUUUCACCCUGACAAGAAUCAUGCACCAGGUGCAACAGAAGCCUUUAAAGCCAUUGGUAAUGCAUAUGCAGUAUUGAGUAAUCCAGAGAAGAGGAAGCAGUAUGACCAGUUUGGAGAUGCCAAAAUCAGUCCCACGCGACACAGCCCUACAGAUUUCAACCGAGGGUUUGAGGCUGACAUCUCUCCAGAGGAUCUCUUCAAUAUGUUUUUCGGUGGAGGCUUUCCUUCUAGUAAUGUUCAUGUAUACAGCAAUGGCCGAAUGCGAUAUACCUACCACCAGAGACAAGACAGGAGGGAGCACCAAGGCGAUGGUGGCCUUGGGCUGUUUGUCCAGCUGAUGCCUAUUCUCAUCCUCAUCAUUGUGUCGGCUCUCAGCCAGAUGAUGGUCUCCAGUCCACCUUAUAGUUUGAGUCACAGACCAUCUGUCGGUCAUAUAUACAAGAGAGUGACUGAUCAUUUGAAAGUAGCUUAUUAUGUAGCUGACAGCUUUGCAGAAGAAUAUACUGGCACAAAUCUGAAAAACGUGGAAAGGAGUGUUGAAGACGAUUACAUUGCAAACCUCAGAAAUAACUGUUGGAAGGAAAAACAACAAAAGGAAGGGCUACUCUACCGGGCACGUUACUUUGGGGACUCUGAUCUCUAUCAGCGAGCGCAAAAGAUGGGCACCCCAAGUUGCAGCAGACUUUCUGAAGUUCAAGCAUCGAUGCAUGGAUAGCUGUCACUGAAACAGUUCCUAGAGAUUUGAACUCUUCAAAUGCCUGAAGACUUUGGGGAAGUGCACUGAGCCAAGGAGACAGAUUUUCUAUUUAAAGAAUCAGACCUUAAAUUAAAAUGGGAGAAUUAGCAACGCACAACUGCCCUCUCCUCUCUCUCUCUCUCUCUCUGUCCAGCAUUAGACUCGAAUGUCUCUUAGAACAGAAGAAAAAGACCUCUAUGUCUUUCUUCCCCCUUCCUUCGCUGUCAAAUGUCUCUUUCUCGGGAUGCCGCUAUCCUGAGAGCCAGUGUUGAGUUGUUAUUUUUCUUUUAAGGCCUGCUGAAAAACCUGGGAACAGAAGAAGAGAGCCUUCUGCGAUUGCACUGGUCACUUCAAUGAGAGAGAGUGAAAUUGGAAGAUCUGUAGGAGCAAAACAAAAUCAAUUUUUUUUAAAAAAAAAAGCAAAAAGAAAUUAUUUAGAAUUAACUUAUUAGCUGUAAAUAUGUUGUACUUCUAAACUAUGCAGGGAUAGAAUUAAAUUAUUUCAAUUUAUGCUGAACUUCUUAACCCAGGAUGUGUGAAUUUGUCCUCUUCUCCCCUCCACGCCCUGCAAACCAGCCUUGUGAUACCUUUCCUACAUAAGGCAGCCUUGUCUAAUGACACGAAAAACAUUUUUUUGUAUUUUUUAACGGCUUUUCCUUUGCUGGAGAAGAAAAAAAAAUGUGUACAAUUUGACCUGCCAUUAUUCCCUGUUUUGUAUCAGAGAAAUCAGUCAAAUUUUGCAAAACAUUUCUACAUCCACAUUUGGACCUGAUUUUGGGUCUGGGGUCUAAAUUGAUGGCAUCUCAGCUGAGUUCUUAUUCCUUUAGAGAGGAAGAAGGGGAAGUUGUCCCAAAUCUUUUGAAGUUCAUCAGGGUUGCUUGGGUGUUUGUGUGGAGCUUCUUUGUUUUGUUUUGUUUUUUAAUGUUUUGGUGGCCCAACGUAUCUGCCUUGCCAAUCAGUGUUAGCUCUGGUACACAGAGCUUUCCACAAGCUGUGUCCUCUUGGUCGCUUGGUCCUCCCUCCCCGAUUUCUUCCAUCUCGCAGCGCUACAAAGCUGUAGUCAGCAAAGCGCCCUCUGCUUAACAUACUGCUCCCGCUGACUUCAUUCCAGAAAUCUGGUGUCUGUUGGCCUAUGAAGAGCUGCUCCAUAUCCUUUUGCAGGAAAGAGCACACAACAACAAUGGUUGUUUACAAGUCCUCUGUCAGCUUCUUCAAAAAAAAGACUUUCUGUCAAAAGAGGGUUUGCUGUAGUGACUACAUGGCUUUCGGUAAAUCCAAAGUGGGACAAUACUACCAUACCUGGACUGGGUUGUCCCUCUUCCCUGCCCCUUUUCUUCGUAAUGCUCAUCUCAUUUUUUGUUUUGUCUUUUAAAAUAAAGCUGAUACAGUGCUAUCAGAACAGCCUUAAGAUACGUUAUUUCAUGCAACUGAGCCAUAACCCUGAGUGUAGAGAGGUGAAUGCUCCCAGUUAUGAUAAACCCAAUUGUUCCGAGUUUGGCCAUAAUCCACAAGGAUUGUUCCUGUCCUUGCAAGGGAUCCUGAGUUCAUGUCAACAGAGGCAUGCAUGGAUCUUGCCCUACUUUGGAACAAAAUGGGGGUUUUGAAUGGGCAAAUGUGUUCCGUUAAGAGAUUUCCCUUGACCACACAGACUGAAUAUUUUUUUCUGUAUUUCUGUAUUAAAUUUCAUCCAGAUAUAUUUACAAUAAAGAAUUUUAUACUUCUUUCUGGAGGUAGUGGUGGUUCUCAACUUGUGGGUCUCCAGAUCUUUUGGCCUUCAACUCCCAGAAAUCCUAACAGCUGGUAAACUGGCUGGGAUUUCUGAGAGUUGUAGGUCAAAACACCUGGGGACCCACAGGUUGAGAACCACUGGACUAAAGGGAGAUACCAAAAUACAUGUCAGGAGCAGUGCUUCAGAAGGUUCCAUUUUUGGAGCUAGAGCAUGGUUUCUGAGACUUCAUUCCCAAAAAUGAACUUUCCUAAGCAAUUCCUAUGUAUACAGGGGAUAACUGUCCUAUGUUCCAUAGUUGAUGGUUGUUGUUGUUGGUAGACCUGGCAGUUGGUGAUGGAAGGGUUAAUGUAAGUCUUGGUUCUAAAGGGCUGAGUAGUUUGUAAGUAACAGUUUACAGGUAAAAGCAAUUAAAAUUGUCAUAUUUUGGUGGUGGAUGCUGCUGUUUUUCCCCCAGGUCUGUUGGAUUUUUGGUAUCCUGACCUGUCUCCUGUUAUCUUGGAAUCUUGAAUCUUUUGACUACGGUAUAGACUCUUGAUCCCUGGACUUUGUUUAUUGAACUCUUGGCGUUUGACCACUGGACUGGACCUGUCAAGACCCAGAAGCCUCAAGAACGCCAAACACAAUAUAAAAGAUCCAAACACAGGUUUAUUAUCUCCCUUCUACUGGUAGUAGGAACGUUACUAUCACACUGUAUUACAACAGGACCCUUUGACUACGGUGUAGCUUUUGCUAUCAGUUUUUGUUUAUUCUGUGGCUGAAUGCUAUCUUUAUAUUUUAUAUUUUGGUCUACUAAAUCAGCCAGCAAGUAAGUGCUGUUUUAAUUAAACUGUUUGAUAAAACUGGGAGUUUGGUUCAUCUCUACCUAAAUAAGGCAGAGCCCUGGCAACAUGACAUAAUAAUUUUCUCCCAAUAAUCAGUCCCAAGGUUAGCUCCUUAAAUCCAGUAACACCCAACUGCAACCUAUCCCCUGCAUACCUCCACCCUUAAUUGCUUUUAUCUGUAAACUGUUACUUACAAACUACUCAGUCCUUUAGAACCAAGACUUACAUUAACCCUUCCAUCACCAAACGCCAGGUCUACCACUACCAACUACCAUCAACUAUGGAACAUAUGACAAUAACCUUUUAAUCCUGUACUUCCUUUAGCGUUGACAAACUGUAUGCUAAUUAAAUGCAAGUUACACCGCAUGAAUUUAAUCACUACUUGUGGUGUUACCCACAUUUGAAGGGGAAAUUCAUUCAGUGUAUAGCUUUAAGAAGAUCUACCUGCUUCGCAUUGCCCUGUGAUGACAGGUAAUGGACUGUGAUGUUGUCUAAAGCCCCAACAUCUGACCUGCAGCCAUCCCAGCUCUUGUUUCCAGAGGGUCACCCAUUCAACAGUUCAGCAUGAAAUUUCCGACAUCUUGAAAAACGGCAUUGGCUGCCCCAGUGCCUCCCUGUCCAGCCCUUUUGAUUUCUUACGUAGAGAUAGCCAUGGAUGGAAUGAGCAAAGUGCAAUAAAGAAGCAUAGAUCCUGAACGAUAAUCCGCAAAGGCUGUAUUUUUUAAUUUAGAAUCAAUUAUACAAUUGUACAUCUAUAAAUAAAGGUUUAUAACAUGAAAA